CAGAAUAAAAUUUAGUUGUUAUUGUUGUAAUUAAAUGCAAAUUUGUGCGCUCUGCAGUCGUUUAAGUCGAAGUCGAAUACAGCCCGUGGAGUUAACAGCUCAACAUAACGGUGAUCAUGCGGCGAUUGUGGAAAUUUGUUAUUUGUGCAGCAUUACUUUCGUUAUGCAAUGUAUGUGACAGCCAAACAACCAAAACGCAUACAGAAGUUGACGCGACAGUAACAACAAUACCGGUUACUACAACAAUAGCGAACUCAAACACACUCGAAACAACAACAAUAACAACACCAACUAAUUUAUCAGAACCAUUGCCCACUUUGGCAGCAAAACUGGUACGACAGCGUCGUCAACAUCCUUACACCAUUAUACGACAUGUGGUGCGUACACCGAAACGCGGCACGAAGUCACGGCGACGUCAAAAGUGGCCCAAAUACAAAUAUGGACCACCAAAUUAUAGUGUCGGUCGCCCCAUUCCUUACUACAAGCCCACGAAGCAAUAUUUACCCGAAAUUUCAGAACCACCGAAAUAUUCGUCAAUCGACGAAUUGGAUUUGACGAAUAACUUCAAUUCCGCCGAUUACGAUGUGCAUCCAGCAAAGGGUAAUCAUUACGAAGAUCAAACCAUGGAUUUGGAUUUCUACAGUAACACGGAACAUACGUUUCCGGAAGCGCCUAAAGUGACGCAUAUAGAAUACAGCACUUAUGAUGCGGAUAAGGAGGUGCCCACCUAUUCAUAUACGUCGACGAAGACGGAAAUAAGAAAGCCACAUUUGAAACUGCAAGGCUACAAAGGGGCGAAGCAUCACGGUGGCGCUUAUGAAAUGUCAAGCAGCAGCAGCGGCGAUUCCGGUUAUGAGGAUACGCACUCCUUUAUACCGCCGGACAAUGUUUACGACAUGCAUCCGAUGAGCAGUUACGAUACGACUUCUCCACAGCAAGACGAUAAAUUUUACGAGUACACUUCAGGGGACACAAGUUCACAUUCGAAUACACACAUACCGGCCGCAAAGUAUGGCGUACCAGAUAUGAAUAUACCGCUUCUUUUUGCACCGCCAGCCAAGCAGCCUGCUUAUCAUGCCCCAAAGCCGACAGCUGCAGCAGAUAGCUAUAGUAUUUACGAUAAGAAAAUACCGAAUGCUGCCUACAAUUCGGUUAAAACUUCGGGUCAUCAUAGCUUUGCCGAACCACCGCCGAAAACUAAUGUCGAAAUCACGUAUUCACCCUCUUAUGAGAUCACCUUACCACCUGCGAAUCAUAAGCCUCCGUCAGUUGAUGAUUAUCGACCAGUACCUGGGCAUUUUGCAGAGCCGCCAGCAGAGCCAACACCUUCUUAUCAUACACCUAUAGGACCACCACAUCAACCUACCACUACAUAUCACAUACCCGAAACACCUGCACCACCUGCAUACAGUCCACCGCCACCACCUCCACCAUCUUAUCAUCCGCCUGCGUCGUACGCACCGCCCUCGUAUCAAGCUCCACCAGAGCACCCCUCACAUGCACCGCCAUCAUAUGAUGCACCGGAAUCACAUGAAAUUACAUCUUAUGAAGACACCGAUUUGCAUGAACCACCGUCUUAUCAACCACCCGACUUGCAUGCACCUACAUCUUAUCAAGUACCAGAAUCGCAUGCCCCACCUUCAUAUCAAGCACCAGAGCAGCCGAUACAUCCACCAUCGAGUGGCUUUGAGGUGCCCGCGCCACAUCCUCCGCCAGCAUAUAGUGCACCACAGCCUACACCGCAACCGCCCUCCACAUAUGGCCCACCUGACCCGAACUUUCCUAGUCCGUCCGCACCUUCGGAGUACCCGCAACCUGACUACAUAACACCUUCGAGUAAUUUGCCUAUAAAUUCUAAAUACAUGCCGCCAGCAUACGAUUAUCCCAAAUCCAGUUACGAAGUACCCAUCUAUGACCCAAUACCCUUUGAGGCAUCGAACACUGAAGAACACGAAGCAUACCCGCCACACACAUUCGAGAACCCGCACACGGAUCAUCAUGCACAUUCCACAUCCUCGCCUAUACCCACCGCAGAUGCACCAUCUACACGGCAUCCUGCGAAUAACUUCCAGACACCGACGCCUACAAGAGUCACGAAGGGAUUCAAAGUAAAAACCAAGCGGAAGCGUCUACGCAAUAGCACUCCUGCUAUUACCACCAAACAUAUUUUGGACGCACCCGAGUUAGAAGAGGCGUUCGAGGCAGGUCAACGUUAUAAGAAUCAAUUGGCGCUAAACCCCGACACAGACGUCAAUGAAUCCAAUCAUGUCGAGGCGCAACCACCAGAAGAACCCAAUUAUUUUUUACCCACCAUCACGCCAGAUGUGGGAAACGAUAACAGUUACGUUAGUACCGCAUGGAAUCCAAUACGCAUACGUUCCCCAAGUACACCCACAGCACUACCAGCCGCAGCUACGGUAACGAAGAGUCAAACAUCGUCGGUACCGGCUACCGCAGCGGUACGACCAAAAGAACGUCGACAAAACUCUGGCCGUCAACGACAACAACAACAAUCUAUGGUGCCACAUACGCAGACUAUCGGCGCAAAGACGAGGACGCGACAAACAACAACACCGCUGCAAAGCGCUAGUGAGUCUGUUGCCCAGGUAACGGUGGAUAAGUCGCGUUCUUAUAGUUACUAUGGCGGCAGUUCGACCAUACCGAAUGGAAACGAUCAUAGUUUACAACGUACACGAGCUAACAUCUAUAGACAACCGACAAGAGCGCCACCUGUUACACGAGAAAAAGUGCCCACAAGAGAGGAGACUGUGCCGCAUCGCACAACGAAGAGUGUUUUCGAAACGACUUAUUUCAAAAGUCCGCGAAAUGAGCACUUGGAGCGACAUCUGAGCGCAUUUGCGCAGAAUCUGCCGAAGAAUCAUAAAUUGUACUGA